UUUCCCCUCCUGUUCUCUCAGCAUCUCACCUACUGUAUUGUUCCCUCAUCUCGUCCCACCCAAUGAAUCCUUGCUGUAUCCUGUACCAAAAGUCAAGAGAGUUUGGGACAUGGCAGAAAAGUCGGUGAGGUUUGGAGAUUAGUGGGUUGGGCUCCGGACGCUGCUGCUUUAUUCGGACGUGACACCACUGUCCCGCCACCGCAGCCAGCAAGCUACAAGAGAGGCGCAGCGGCAGCGGGGAGUAAACUCGGGCAGAUUCCGCUGCCAAAGAUCUCCCCACCUUCCCGAAUUUCGCCGCAGGCCAGAGGCCGUUCGUCCCCUACCCGGCCGGAUCAUUACUUGAUCUGGCCACGGUUCUGGAAUUUUCACCAGUGAGAGAGGGCCCACUCUGCUUGCUUUCACUAGGAGUAUGAACUAUCACUAACUUACUGAGAGUAUUUUUGUGGUCAGAGAAAAGCUCCAUAAGCAGCCCUCUGGUCGUCUGGUUGAAUCCCUUCUAAUGGAGAGGGUUAGGACCAUUCUGACUCAUGGAUACCCAUACCCACAUGAGCAUUCGAGACAUUUCAUGAUUAGGAAGACUAUCAAGCCACACUAUUCACACUUUAGUCGCUGGUACGUUGCUUGGAUAUUCUUGGCAGCAUUAUGGCAUCUCCCUAGUUUUCAGUCAAUGGGGUUGGAUUUGAGGAUGAAUCUUUCCCUCUUCCUCGCUGUUUAUAUUUCCUCUCUAAUCAUCUUCCACGUCAUAUUUCUUGGACUCUGGUAUUUGGAUCUUGUUUCUCGCAUGGCAGAGAAAAAGCCAGAGAUGCUUACUAUAAUCAAAAAUUGCGCAGUGGUAAGUAUAGCUUGCUACGUGUUCUACGACCACUGUGGUAACAGGACCCUUUCAAGGGACAAAUCUAUUGAUCAUAGAACUGCAUUUUCACUGUGGAUAAAGCAAAAUGAGUACAAUACACUGAUUUCAAAGCUAUGGAGUAUGCAUAAGUUUAAAGAUCAUAUUUGCUCGCCCUGGUUUGCUCCGGUUGGCUCUGCCAGUGAUUAUCCACUUCUAUCGAAAUGGGCCAUUUAUGGAGAAGUUAGUAUACUUCACCUUCUGUUCAUGCUUGGAUAUCUCUUUGGUUUAUUUACUGCUUUAUUGUUAUCUUGUAUGUUUGCUCAAGUUAGCUUUCAAUGGAUCCGAACGCUCCAACAUCAUUUCACCUGUCUACUCUUUGUGGGAUACAUUCAUUGGUCUUUACAUGGCCAAUUAUGUCGUGGAGCGGUCAACUGGCCUCCUGCUUGGUAUACGCCUGAACACGUAACAUUGGAAAAACCUGAACUUCCUCUUGGAGUUUCUGAGCUCAGGCAGUGUAGCUGACCACAAUGUUUUAUGAUUCCUGGAAACCACGUAUUGUGACGAGAGCUAUGUAAAUAAGGAUGACAAAAGCUGCUCCACAACAUGGGCUUAGCCCCAGCCUAUGUACGUAUGUGCCUCCAGUCACACUGGUUGAGCAUGAGCCGGGUAA